CUUGCGACGGAAGUGACGGCACACGUUUUGCACCUAGGCGCAGACUACGAAGUUUAGAGCUAUGUCAAAUAUUGUCUAGUUACUUUAUAAACCGUCUCUGGCUAGUACAGUGAAAGGUUACAGUCUGAAUCAAAGACCAUAGCACUCUAUGGCCUUUGGUCUGAAUUCAGCCGGACCCUGCAGUCCCAGAAAAUGUCAUAUUUGUUGUCGGACACACUGACGUUUUGGAUUGAUCUUGUCCCAACUUUUACAGUCUAUGGUCCCAACUCGAUGACCCACGCGCCUUCCUAGCCAUAUUUUACAACUUACGACCUAUGUGCCUGAUGUUAGCUUAACCUACUGCCUGAGUGCUGCUUUACUGUUAACGUUAGAUAGUUGUAGUUUUUGCAACAGAUCCUUUGUAUGAAAACCUAUGGCUCAGCUGUGGCCAGACAUACAGGCUGUUUUACCUGUCAGCGAGACAGAGUUUAAUCUCAACUUUAGUGAGAAAAUUGAUUUAAGUGUUGUGGACAUUUUGAAGCAAGCCAGGCACCAGUUGUACGACAGAAAGGCAACACAGUCUUGGAUUGACAAGGCUCAGAUUGUCCUUGACUUCUCUUGGGAGAAGCUGAACACUGGCACCUGGCGUGAUGUGGACAAGGAAUGGAGGCGGGUCUACUCCUAUGGCUGCCUCUUCAAAGUGACUGCUCUGUGUUGUGGAGAACUCAGUCAGUCCAAGAUCCAUGAGGCAGUUAAAACGUGUGACAUGGGACUGCUCAUGGGAGCCUCCAUCCUGGAUGAUGUCCUCCAAAAGCUUGUGAGGGUGCUGCAGAACAAAGCAAAAGCCUGGCAGAGCAAAGCGAAGCAACGUGCAGAGCAAAGCGAAGAGCCAGAUAAAAAGAAAAUCAGGAAAGAAUGUGACUCUACGCCUGUGAUCAAUCCAUCCAAAGCAGUGCCCAGGAUUCACUGUCCAUCCCUGGAGCAUUUUAGGACAGAAUUCCUUGACACCCAGAGGCCUGUAAUACUGGAGGGUAUUAUUGAUCACUGGCCUGCCUUUAAGGAGCACCCAUGGAGUAUAGACUAUCUACGAACUGUAGCGGGGUGUCGAACUGUACCAGUGGAAGUAGGCUCCAGAUACACCGAUGAGGCCUGGUCACAGACUCUGAUAACUGUCAGUGAAUUCAUAGACCGCUAUAUUGUUGGAGAGGGGAGUACUGGUAAAGGUUACCUUGCACAGCAUCAGCUCUUUGAUCAGAUACCUGAGCUGAAAGAAGACAUUCGUAUCCCUGACUACUGUUGUCUUGGCGAGGGAGAGGAAGAUGACAUCAACAUAAAUGCUUGGUUCGGACCCAGAGGAACUGUCUCCCCACUCCACCAGGACCCCCAGCAGAACUUCUUGGCCCAGGUGGUGGGCAGGAAGUACAUCCGUCUGUACUCUCCUCAGGAGACAGUGAAACUCUAUCCCCAUCAGUCCCAGCUCCUCCAUAACACCAGUCAGGUGGACGUGGAGAAUCCAGACAUGUCCCGUUUUCCUGAUUUCCUGAAAGCCUCCUAUGAGGAGUGUGUCCUUCAGCCCGGUGAGGUCCUGUUCAUCCCAGUCAAGCACUGGCACUAUGUACGCUCGUUGGAGCUGAGCUUUUCUGUCAGCUUCUGGUGGUCAUGACACAAAACAUUGGCAAAUGGACACAAGGCUCUAACAAUGAUGUGAAGGUCGUGUUUUUUUUUUUUUCAAAACCAUGAUUUUUUUAUAGAUAUGUAUGAUAUUUAUAAAACAAAAGCAAAGUAAAAUAAAGACAUUUUACAUCAAGUCAAGGGAGUAAUACAGUGCUUGUGCUAUGCACUCAUUAGAAUGUUGGGCGUUUCAACUCACAGAUUUUGAAUGGCAGUAACUUUGUUAACCACUAGGUGGAGCAGUCUCUCUUGCAUGUGACAGAUAGAGAGGGACAAGA